AUGGAAGUGCUCGCCUCUUUUGAGGUUUCUGGUGCAAACCAUCCGAUGAGGGUCUCCGCCGCCACCCGCCGAGUGCUCUCCUUCCUGCCCUCGACGAAAACGCUCGAGCUCCGGCUGGCCCACCAGCAGCGCCAGCAGCAGCCCCGCCUGCCCACGCACCCCAGCCGCCCCGCCGAGCCGCAGAAGCCCACCGACUUCCCACGGAACUCGCUCGCCCGCAGGGAAGACUCCGCCGCCAUCCGCCCCAUCCACAUCGACCGCAAUGCCCGCAUCCUGCCCGCCCGGCCGAUGUCCAAGAGCGAGAUCUGCGCCCAGAACCGCCUCCAGCCUCGCGAUCUGCGCAAGAUCGACUCGCGCAUCUCCAACGUCGUCCCCUCGAUCCUGGUCCGCGACGAAGCGAUCAUCUUCAACGUCCUCAACAUCCGCGCACUGAUCCGGGCGGACUCGAUCCUCAUCUUCGAAGACCCCACCUGCCCCGCCGCCCCCGCGCCCCCCUCCGCCGAGACCCACUACGCCGUCCGCUCCGCCUUCCUCCACAACCUGCUCAACAACCUCGUCGACCAUGGCCCGGCCGCCGCCGCCCCUGCCGAGCAAGCCACCGCGCUGCCCUACGAAUUCAGGGCGUUGGAGACCAUGCUGGGCGCGGUCGCCGCGGCCUUGGAGAGCGAGCUGGGCGUGCUCAAGACCCUCGUCUCCAGCCUCCUGGACGGCCUCGAGCAGAACAUCGAGCGCGAGAAGCUCAAGCAGCUGCUGCUCUAUUCGCGCCGUCUGUCCGCGUUCAACGGCCGCGCACUCCUCGUCCAGCGCUGUCUCGACGAGAUCCUCGAAAACGAGCAAGACAUGGCGAAUGCCUAUCUGAGCGAGAAGAUCCUGAAGAAAAGCCCCAGAGCGUGUCAUGACCACGAGGAGUUCGAGCAGCUGCUGGAGUCCUUCUCGAAGUACGUGGAAGAGAUCGUGCACGAGGGCACGUCGACACUGACCAACAUCAAGAGCACCGAAGAGAUCAUCGACCUGAUCCUCGACUCCAACCGCAACACGCUGCUCGCGCUCGACCUGAAAGUGUCGAUCGGGACGAUGGGGCUCGGCGUGGGGGCCCUGACCGCCGGCCUGUUCGGGAUGAACCUGCGCACCCACCUGGAGGCCCAUCCGUCGGCGUUCUAUGUGGUCACGGGGGCCACCUUGGCCGGCGUGGCGCUGACGAUCGGGGCGGGGUGGCGGCGGCUGUACCGGCUCCGCCGCGUCGGCCUCUCCUCCUCGCCCGCCGCUGCCGGCUCCCUACACCGCAUCUCCUGGGGGCCCCCCAAGCAUCUUCCCCCCGUCGCCCCCGCCCAUCCCUCGGCCGGAGCCGCACACAACGGCGGCAUCUUGGACUGGGACGUCCCCCGUAACUCGCCCUCUUCUCAUCAUUGA